AUGAGCGUCUUCUCUGCUUCGUCAUUAUUAUUCUCCCGCCACCUGCCAACCUGCUUCCCACGUCUCACCGGACCACUGCAAGCGAGGAUGCUGUCGCAAUCGAGUUAUCGCGCAGCCAAAGACUGGAGCGCCGACCAGUAUCUGAAAUUCGCUGCCGAGCGCACACGCCCGGCGCGCGACCUGCUCGCCCAGGUCCCUCUGCAGUCGCCCAAGCGCGUGGUCGACCUGGGCUGCGGACCGGGCAACUCGACCGCCGUGCUGGUGGCACAGUAUCCGGAUGCCCGCGUCACGGGCAUGGACUCGUCGCCCGACAUGCUGGCCAAGGCGCGCGCCGCCCUGCCGGACAUUGAGUUCACGCUGGCGGACCUGAACUCGUACCGUCCUGACCCCGAGGAACACGGGCCAGUCGACCUCUUCUUCUCCAACGCUGUCUUCCAAUGGCUGGCUCCUGCACACCGCAUCCGCAUCAUCACCGACCUGAUCCAGACGCAGCGUCCCGGCGGCGUGUUCGCCUUCCAGGUGCCGGACAACUUCACAGAGCCGUCGCAUGCGGCCAUGCGUGCGACAGCCGCGGAGGAAGGACAGCCGUGGACAGCGACGCUCAGGCGGCUGCAGCCCGGCCUCCCGCCGUUCGAGUCGCCGCGGGAGCUGUACGACGCGAUCAAGCCGUUCUGCGCCAGCGUCAAUGUCUGGCACACAUCCUACUACCAUGCGCUGGAGGGCCAUGAGGCGAUUGUCGAGUGGGUCAAGGGGACGGGGUUGCGGCCGUUUAUCGACCCGCUGGCGCCGGACGAGAGGGAGGCGUUCCUGCGGAGGUAUCUGGAGCGGCUGAAGGAGGCGUAUCCGAAGAAUUCGGACGGGACGGUGCUGCUGAAGUAUCCGCGCCUGUUUCUGGUUGCUGUGCGGGGGUAG